GCACUGGGCUCCCUCUGGCGGCGAGAGGCGGGACAGCGCCCUUGUCCUCUCUUGGAUUUGGAGCCAGUCGCUGCUGCAGCAGGAGGAGGAGGAGGCAAGCCUGGAUUAAGUGGGAGGCAGAGAGAGCCGGGAAGGAAGGGGCCCAGCAGCCAGCAGAGCAGCCCCCUGGCGCCCCAUUGCAGGCCUGGGGGGAGCUGGUGUGGCCUUGAGCCCCCCAAGCAUCCAUUGCAAGGCAGGGUCCCUAUUAGGUUAGCAUUCAUUCUCGUUUUGCAAGCCAGAGAGCUCCCUGGAGCUGCUAAGCGGGCUUAGCCAUGGGGAACCGAGGGAUGGAAGACCUCAUUCCCUUGGUCAACCGGCUUCAGGAUGCCUUCUCCGCCAUCGGGCAGAAUGCCAACCUGGACCUGCCCCAGAUCGCUGUGGUUGGGGGGCAGAGCGCAGGAAAGAGCUCCGUCCUGGAGAAUUUCGUCGGCAGGGACUUCCUUCCCCGUGGAUCUGGCAUUGUCACCCGGCGCCCCUUGGUCCUGCAACUGGUCAAUGCGAAUACAGAAUAUGGCGAAUUUCUACACUGCAAAGGGAAAAAGUUCACUGAAUUUGACGAGAUCCGUCAGGAGAUCGAAGCGGAGACUGACAGGGUGACCGGAUCCAAUAAAGGAAUUUCUGCUGUUCCGAUCAAUUUGCGGGUCUACUCUCCUAAUGUCCUGAGCCUGACUCUGGUGGAUCUGCCCGGGAUGACCAAAGUUCCAGUUGGAGACCAACCCAGUGACAUUGAGUUCCAGAUCCGCGACAUGCUCAUGCAGUUCGUUACCAAGGAGAACUGCCUCAUCCUUGCAGUAUCACCAGCCAAUUCCGAUCUGGCCAACUCGGAUGCUUUGAAGAUUGCAAAAGAGGUUGACGCGCAAGGUCAGCGUACCAUUGGAGUGAUCACCAAGCUGGAUUUGAUGGAUGAAGGAACUGAUGCUCGUGAUAUUCUGGAGAACAAGCUGCUGCCUCUAAGGAGAGGUUACGUCGGAGUGGUCAACAGAAGCCAGAAGGACAUUGAUGGAAAGAAGGACAUUCAAGCUGCUCUGGCAGCAGAGAGGAAAUUCUUUCUCACCCACCCAGCAUAUAGGCACAUGGCUGACCGCAUGGGUACCCCUUACCUACAGAAAGUACUUAACCAGCAACUGACCAAUCACAUCCGAGACACACUGCCCGGUCUGCGGAACAAGCUCCAAAGUCAACUUCUCUCCAUUGAGAAGGAAGUGGAAGAGUAUAAGAACUUCCGCCCCGAUGACCCAGCUCGCAAGACCAAAGCUUUGCUUCAGAUGGUUCAACAAUUUGCAGUGGAUUUUGAGAAACGUAUCGAAGGUUCUGGGGACCAGAUUGACACCUAUGAACUGUCCGGAGGCGCUAGGAUCAACCGCAUCUUCCAUGAACGAUUCCCCUUUGAGUUGGUGAAGAUGGAAUUUGAUGAGAAGGAGCUCCGGCGCGAGAUCAGCUAUGCCAUUAAGAACAUCCACGGAAUCAGAACCGGUCUCUUCACGCCGGACAUGGCCUUUGAGACCAUUGUGAAAAAGCAGGUGAAGAAGAUUAAAGAGCCUUGCCUGAAAAGCGUGGACAUGGUCAUUUCGGAGUUAAUCAAUACCGUUAGACAGUGCACCAAGAAGCUCAGCCAGUACCCUCACCUACGAGAGGAGAUGGAGCGGAUCGUUACGACCCACAUCCGUGACCGCGAGGGCAAGACCAAGGACCAGGUCAUGCUCCUGAUCGAUAUCGAAUUGGCCUACAUGAAUACGAACCAUGAAGAUUUCAUUGGCUUUGCCAAUGCUCAGCAGAGGAGCAGCCAGAUGAGCAAGAAAAAGACGGCUGGGAAUCAGGAUGAGAUCCUGGUGAUCCGCAAGGGAUGGCUCACUAUCAACAAUAUUGGCAUCAUGAAGGGCGGCUCGAAAGAAUACUGGUUUGUUCUAACGGCAGAGAAUCUAUCCUGGUACAAGGAUGAUGAGGAGAAAGAGAAGAAAUACAUGCUGCCGGUGGAUAACCUGAAGGUGCGGGAUAUCGAGAAGAGCUUCAUGUCCAGCAAGCACAUCUUUGCCCUCUUCAACACAGAGCAGAGAAAUGUUUACAAAGACUACCGACAACUGGAGUUGGCCUGCGAGACCCAGGAGGAGGUGGACAGCUGGAAGGCCUCCUUCUUGCGUGCAGGAGUUUACCCGGAGCGUGUCGUGUCCGGCGACUCGGAAGAGAACGGCUCCGACAGCCUGAUGCAUUCCAUGGACCCGCAGCUGGAGAGGCAGGUGGAGACCAUCAGGAACCUGGUGGACUCUUACAUGGCCAUCGUCAACAAGACUGUCCGCGACCUCAUGCCUAAGACCAUCAUGCACCUCAUGAUCAACAAUACCAAGGACUUCAUCCACUCCGAACUGCUGGCGAACCUCUACUCCUGCGGAGACCAGAACACCCUGAUGGAGGAGUCGGCGGAGCAGGCCCAGCGGCGGGACGAGAUGCUGCGCAUGUACCACGCCUUGAAGGAGGCCUUGAACAUCAUCGGGGACAUCAACACCACCACCAUCAGCACGCCCUUGCCUCCGCCGGUGGACGACUCCUGGCUGCAGGUGCAGAACAUACCAUCCGGACGCAGGUCUCCCACCUCCAGCCCGACGCCGCAACGGAGAGCUCCGGCAGUCCCACCCGCCAGGCCUGGGUCGCGCGGCCCGGCUCCUGGACCUCCGCCUGCUGGUGGGCCCACCCUGGGUGGUGCGCCGCCAGUGCCCUCUAGGCCUGGGGCCUCCCCUGACCCCUUUGGGCCUCCCCCACAAGUCCCAUCUCGGCCCAACCGCGCGCCCCCCGGCGUCCCCAGAAUCACUAUCAGUGACCCCUGAGGACUGGCAGCCACGCCGGAAGGGCCCUGCUUCACCUACGCGACCCACCAUAAUCCGACCAGCUGAACCGUCCCUCUUAGACUUAUAACCCGAGGCCUAGACACAGCGGCUGGCGACGUGCGCUGUGCCCCAUCCAUCCAUCUCUCCGUCCAUCCAUCCCAGCAACCCAACCAUGUGCCCCCUUCCCGCCUCGCUCUUCCGCUGCUUCUCUCACCCCAACGCCUUCCCCUCCUUGUCGCUCGUGAGAGAGCUCUUCUUCUUCUUCGUCGUCUUCUUCUCUUGUGCGUCCUGUAUUGCUUUGUGAGCCUAGAGUAGUCCUAGUCCAGUGGCAUGGGGGACCUGAAGGACGCCAGCUCUCGGGAGCCUUGCUGGGCGCCUCCACUGCCUGGCCUUACGUGCCCACCGCGUUGGUUAGCUGUAGCCUCUAGCGCCGGUCAGUAGCUAUGUAGACUUUUCCUACCAUAGUUCAGACGAAACAUGUUUUUUGGUGUUUGCUAUCCAAACAAAAAAAAUCUCAGUGAUGCCUGGUAUGUGGAUUUUGUUUCAAGUGCAAACUUUGGGGAACGGUUUCACCCGCCGUUACAAAACCAUAGGAUGGCGGUGAUUCUCACGAGUGGAAGGCACCGACGCAACGGGCUGCCCUCGCUUCUUUUUGAAGCAGCGACUUACCACAGACUUUCCGCAGACCUAGGGGCUCAAAUGCUUUUUCCUCUCCGCAAAAAACGGACGAGCGUGCAUUCCCAGGAGUUUGCCGUGUCGGUGUUUUAACGCAACGAACGACCAAACACACCGUACUUGUUUGUGGUCUUGAGUAUCCUGGUGAUUUUCGAUAACCUUUAUUUAGUGCUUGCAUGCAGGUGGUACUUAUGUGUAACGUGGGGGGAAAUGUUUGUCUCGCGGCAAGUUUGGACUCUCGUACUCUCCUUAUCUGCCGAGGGGUGGAUGCAAACGCAUUUAAAGAAAAAGAGAGCCUUUGUCAUCCUGUCCCUCCGACAGUCAAGUUCAAGCCACUCGCUUUGUAAGUCUUCAAGCCAUCCCCACUUACGACUCUUCCGUUCUUUUAUCCUGGUGCUGUUGCUUUUGAUUUCUGUUGACACCGAAUUCCGAUGUCCGUUCUUCUCCAUAUUUUUAACUAUGGUUUACUUUUGUUUUUGUCCCUUUCCCACUCCCUCUUCUCUCUCUCUCUCUGGUUUAAUUUUGUGUUUUUGUCUCUGUGUUCUUGUCUCUCUUUCUUUAAAUUCCAGCCGCCCUGGCAAAGCUAGCCCCUCUCGUCCGGAGAGUCCAAAGCCACCCUUUGACAUGUAACCCUGCUCCCUCUUGAGAUCCAUCUUUUAUCUGCCUCUUAGCUGUUCUGUCCUGGAAUGGUUCAACGCACAUCUUUAAAAACAAAAACACCAACACACGGCUUUGUUCUGUCGUAGCUUUGUGGCUUGCACAUAUCAGACGUGACUCUAGUGAAACUGGUUCUUCUUCCUCCCGGUUGCUUUAACGGAACUUUAAAAAAAAACAAACCACAUUAUAUUGUAGUCAUGAGAAACAUAUCUUUACUGUUAUAUAAAUAUAUAUAUAAAUAUCUCUAUAUAUAAAGAACAAAAUCUAUAUGGCGUCCCCAAGAUGUUUUAAGCCUUUCAUGCUUCCGAUGUUGAUUUUAGCAAAAUACUGGAGUAGGAAGAUGAUAUAUAUAUAUAUUGUACACAUGUGCACCUGGCAAAAUCUCGCCCAACCUGAGCAGCAGCCGCAACCCUGAGAGGAUCCAUCCUCUGCUGUCCUCCGUUGGCUUGUUUCCGUGGCCCUCAAACUGUGGGUGAAUCUUCGCAGUGCUAGUGGUACCCGUCAUGCCGUCUGUGAUCUGUCAACUCUUGUUUACUGGCUGAAAUAAAACAAUCAUUUCUGUAUAAUGGAGGCUCCAUGCCGAGAAUAAAAUUCUCUCUCAGUG